AUGACUACUGAAAAAAAUUUAAUAUUUAUAACAUCAGAUGAAGAUUUAAUUCAUGAAAUAUCUUUAAAAAAAUCUCAAAAUACACAUUUAAUCGAUUUAGACACGGGAAAACCAAUAAUUCCAACAUUAACAAAACAUAAAUCCAAAUCAACAAAUUCGAUAUGUAUUAUUUGUGGUGAUCGUGCUAUUGGAUAUAAUUAUAAUGUUCUUUCAUGUGCUUCAUGUAAAGCAUUUUUUCAUCGAUAUGCUCAUGAAAAUCUAGAAACAAUGCAAUGUUUAAAAGGAAAAAACCAAUGUCAAAUUGAUUAUAAAGUCAAUCGAAAAUGUUUUUAUUGUCGAUUAAAUAAAUGUUUAUUAAUGGGUAUGAGAAAAGAUUUAAUUCUUAAUCAAAAACAAAUUCAAGAAAAAAGAAAAGAUUCUAAAACAAUUCAAUCUACUCAACAAUUCAAUGAAAUUGAUCAAUUUUUAAUGAAUAUCAAUGAAAAUGAUAUUAAUGAAAUUCUUCAUGAAGAUUUAAUUCUUAUUAAUAAUAUCAAAUCAUCAUUUUUAUCAAUUUUUGAAAAUCAAUAUCAAAGUUUACCUGAAAGUAUUGAUUUCUCUACUGAUGCUGCUUCAGCAAUUAUAUCAUGGGCACAAUUUGAUAGUGAAAUAGCUCUUGAAACUAUUCGAUUUUUUCGUCAAAUAAAUCAAUUUGAAAAUUUACAUUCUGAUGAUCGAUUUAUUUUAAUUAAAUAUCAUUUAUUUUCAAUUAUGCUUAUUCGUAAAUCAUUUAAUUAUCGACCAACAAAUCUUCGGAAUUCAAUUGAAAUUAAUAAAGAAAAAGAAAGAUAUACACGAAUGAAUGCACUUUUUAAUGUUUCAAAUGAUUUACAAAAUCAAAUGGAUUCAUUUAUUUGUUUAAUUAUUGAAUAUACUGAACAUGAUCCAAUAUUAUUAUCAAUUCUAUUAAUAAUUUCAUUAUUUUCUCCAACAUUAUCAUUAAAUCUAGAUGAACCAUUAUUUAAAGAUUCAUUAUCGAUUUAUCAAGCACAAAAUUUUUAUAUAAAUAUUUUAUGGAAUUAUUUAAUUCAAAAUCAAAAUGAAAGAAUUGUUUAUAAAAAAUUUCUUCAAUUAAUAACAAUUAUCUUUCGAGUUCAAUUAAUAAGUGUAACAUCUAGAAAAUUUAUUCGUGAUUAUUUAAUAAGUACAAAUAGUGUUCAUCAAAUUACAGAACUUAUGCAAACUAUUUUACAUAUUUCUUAA